GCUCAUGAAUAUUCACAAAUUGAUUAUUAUGAUUGAUUAUGGGUGUGCGGAGUGAAACGAAACUUUGAUUCUGGCGAGAUCUCAUUUUAACAGUCGAAAACUUUGGAUGAUUAUAAAAGGAUUUAUAUUUAUUUCAUGGAUUUUGCUGUGUGAAUUCUGAAGUACUAAGUAAGCUAAUUGCAAAUUAUCCAGAGAUGCUGAAUUAACAAUGCUUUGAUGAACUGAGAAGAAUCUACAGUAGCAAGCACAGCCAUGGGUGCAGAUGAGGAAACAGAACGGAUUGUGAAGGCCAAUGAUAGAAUCGCUAAUUCCAGAUUCAAAUAUGCGAAUAAUUACAUCAAGACGUCCAAGUACAACAUCUUCACCUUCCUUCCCAUCAACCUAUUUGAGCAGUUUUUGAGGAUAGCCAACUUUUAUUUUCUUGUACUCUUCAUCCUUCAAUUGAUUGGUCCUAUCUCAUCUCUAAGCCCUGUCACCACUGCGCUUCCAUUGGUUGUUGUGCUUGGAUUAACAGCUAUCAAAGAUGCAGUAGAUGACUUUAGGAGACAUAAAAGUGACAACCAAGUCAACAACAGAGAAUCUUUCAUCCUUGUCAAUGGAGAGCUUACAACUGUAAAAUGGCAGCAUGUUCAGGUGGGGGACAUCAUUCGAAUGAAGAAUAAUGACUUUAUCGCAGCUGACAUCUUACUCUUAUCAUCCAGCGAGCCUCACAGUCUGGUGUAUGUAGAGACGGCAGAGUUGGAUGGGGAAACGAAUCUGAAAGUAAGACAAGCUCUUCCUGAAACUUCAAAAUUAGGAGAGGAUCUAGAGAGACUGAGUGGUUUCCAAGGUGAAAUUCGAUGUGAGGCCCCCAACAAUGUCUUGGAUAAGUUUGACGGAGCAAUGUCUUGGGCUGGAGAUAGGUUUUCCCUUAACAAUGAUCAGAUCAUGCUUCGAGGGUGCAGAUUACGAAACACCGCAUGGUGUUAUGGUAUUGUUAUCUUCGCUGGUAAGGACACAAAGCUGAUGCAGAACAGCGGAAAGUCUAAAUUCAAGAGAACCAGUCUCGACAGACUACUCAACAAGAUGGUCAUUUUUAUCUUUGGCUUCCUGUUCACCAUGUGCGUGAUUUGCGCAAUCUUGUGCUCAGUGUGGGAGCUGAGAACCGGUAGCGAGUUCCAGGCCUACCUUCCUUGGGAGUACCAGAAUGCUGCCACCAUCUCUACACUUACCUUCUUCUCUUAUGUAAUCCUCCUCAACACCGUUGUGCCAAUCUCACUUUAUGUUACAGUGGAGAUGAUACGACUGUGUCAGAGUCUUCUUAUCAACUGGGAUGUCAAGAUGUACUAUGAUCCAAAGGAGACUGGAGCCAGGGCCAGGUCUACAACCCUCAAUGAAGAACUGGGCCAGAUACAGUAUGUCUUCUCAGACAAGACCGGGACUCUUACUCAGAAUAUGAUGACAUUCAACAAGGCUUCCAUUGGAGGAAGAAAGUUUGGAGAGGUGAAGGACAUCAAUGGGGAUGUCAUGGAUAUAACAGAGGACACACCCCUUGUUGAUUUCUCAUCUAAUACCAUGUGUGAGCCAGGAUUCAAGUUCUAUGAUCCCAGCCUACUUGAUUCUGUUCAGAGGGGUGAUAAACAUUGUUGGUUGUUCUUUCGUCUUCUAUCUCUCUGUCAUACUGUCAUGCCAGAAACUGAUGCUGAUGGUAAUCUUGCAUACCAAGCUCAAUCACCAGAUGAGGCAGCGUUGGUUGGAGCAGCCAGGAAUUUUGGCUUUGUUUUCAAGUCUCGUACACCAACCACCAUCACCCUGGUUGUACAGGGACAGGAAGAUGUCUAUGAACUCCUUCACAUCCUUGAUUUCAACAAUGUAAGGAAACGCAUGUCUGUCAUUGUCAAGCAGGGUCAGAAGAUCAAGCUCUUCUGCAAGGGUGCUGACACCGUCAUCUAUGAACGUCUUGGUUCAUCCAGUGAUGCCUUGAAGGAUGUAACCACUGAGCACCUCAAUGACUUUGCUAACGAUGGUCUACGAACUCUUUGCUUAGCUAUGAAGGAGGUGGAUGAACACACAUAUUAUGAAUGGAGAAAGAGACACCAAGAAGCAUCUUUAGCAACGGUUGACAGAGAGUCCAAGCUAGAUGAGGUCUACAACGAGAUUGAACAAGACUUGGUUCUUCUUGGAGCUACUGCCAUUGAAGACAAACUUCAAGAUGGAGUUCCACAAACCAUCCAAAACUUACACAAGGCCAACAUCAAACUGUGGGUGUUGACCGGUGACAAGCAAGAGACUGCCAUCAACAUCGGGUACUCCUGCAACCUCUUGACAGAAGAUCUCAACGAGAUCUUCAUCAUCUCGGCAAAGGAGAAGGUGGAGGCUCGUGAGGAACUAGAGGGGGCGCUGUGCAAGAUCAAGGACGUGAUGGGUAUCAAGGAUAAGGACCAACUGGAUGAUGAUGUCUCCUACCAGAGCAAGGACAUUGAUGAGCUUGGAGAUAUCUACAGUUUUGCCAUUGUUGUAACAGGAGCUGCAUUGGCCCAUCUUCUCGACCCAGAGGUAGAACUCGACUUCCUAGAAGCAGCCUGCUACUGCAAGACAGUCAUCUGCUGCAGAGUGACCCCUCUACAGAAGGCUCAAGUAGUUGACCUGGUCAAGACUCACAGGAAUGCUGUCACUCUGGCCAUUGGUGAUGGAGCUAAUGAUGUCAGUAUGAUCAAGACUGCUCACAUUGGUGUUGGUAUCAGUGGUCAAGAAGGAAUGCAGGCCGUACUGUCCAGUGAUUUCUCCUUUGCUCAGUUCCGUUACCUAGAACGUCUUCUCCUCGUCCAUGGUAGAUGGUCCUACUAUAGAAUGUGCAAGUUCCUCUCCUACUUCUUCUACAAAAACUUUGCCUUCACUGUCUGUCAUUUCUGGUUUGCAUUCUUCUGUGGUUACUCUGCUAUGACGGGCUAUGACCAGUGGUUCAUCACAGCUUACAAUACUAUCUUCACGUCUACACCUGUUAUAUCACUUGGAAUAUUUGACCAGGAUGUGAAUGAUGAAAUGAGCAUUCGAUUCCCAGCGCUCUAUAAACCAGGUCAGAAGAACAAAUUCUUCAACUGGUUUGUAUUCCUGAAAAGUCUUUUCCAAGGAGUCAUUACUUCACUCGCCUUGUUCUUCAUCCCAUAUGGUGCCUUGUCUGAGAAUCUGUCCCCUGAUGGUCAGCCUAUACACACACAGUUCCUCUUUGGCGCUAUUGUGGCGACUAUGCUUGUUCAUGUUGUCAACUUAAAGAUUGCGAUAGAUACUUCCUAUUGGACUGUCUUCAGUCACCUAUGUAUCUGGGGCAGCAUUGCCCUCUACUGGCUGUAUGCUCUUCUACUAUACUCGGAGCCCAUAUAUGAACUACUGAGGGCGACAUUUACCUAUGUUGGAGUCACAUUUGUUAUGUGUCGUCUGCCGACAUUCUGGUUCACCAUAGCUCUAUUGCCUGUCAUCCUCCUCUUUCCCGCUCUUGGAAGACGAUCGCUGGGCAUGGAUGUUGCGCCGACGUUGACAGACCGCGUGAGACUGCUCCAAAGGAAGGAGGCACGGGAGGCCAAGAAGGCGAAGGGAAAGGGAGACGUGGAGCUGACAAAGAUCCGAAACAAGAGUGCAAUCCCCUCAAGGAUCGGCUCUGCCCGACCAGGAUCUCGUAUGGGGAGCGGAAAGUCACGACCUGGAUCGGUACGCUCCGGUUACGCCUUCGCCCAUCAAGAGGGCUUCGGGGAGAUGAUCACUUCGGGGCGUAGUAUGCGUAUCAAGGAUCCACCAGAAAAGAACGGAACAACCGGUGGUGUCAAGAAAACAAAGAGCAAGGAGAAUGUGGAAGAGAAGAAGGAGAAUGGUGUUACUACGGUAACAGAUGAAGAAAUUAAUGAGAUAUUAGCAUAGUACCUACAAAUUAUAUCAUACAUGUCAUUUGGACCCAAAAGACUAUUAUUUCAUAACACAGGUACAUGUAAUGUCCCUCUUCCUUGUAACAGAUUACAUUUUUUAUAUUCAUGGUGUGUAAAGAAUUACUAGUAAUGUCUUCUAUUUAAUCCUAAAUGACAAAAUCUUGGGUAAUUUUAUUCUUUUUGAUCUUAUUUAUCAUGAGCUAUAUCAUGAAAAUGAAAAGUUAUAUCAAUUAUAUUUAUAUCCCAUGCUUACAUUGUAAGUGUAUAUAUCAUUGCCUCUCCUCGCCCUCAAAAAGUGAAGACUUUAGUAAGUUGUAAUAGUCUUCUUCUUUUAAUGAAUUGAUGAUUAAAAUUAAUUUCGUAAUAGAACACUUAUCUAAUAAAAGUGACCAUCUGAUUUUUUUAGUGCUCAGAAUGAAUAGUUUCAUUAACAUUGCCACAAAAAUCAUUGACAUUAAGAUUUUCAUAAUUUCAAGUAUUAUAUGGAGAUGUAUAUUCAAAGACCAAUCAUUCUAAUGAAAAUUACAAGGUAGUAAUUUAUUUUCGUAAACCUUGCAUUGUAUUGCAAUUCAUUUCUAAAGUGUAGCAAUUCCAGAUAGAUUGCUGUAAACAUUCUUAUUCAACCUACGACUGCUGUUGAUUUGUUGACAGCUCUUAAAAUGAAUGAAGUAUCAAGAUACAAUUGCCUUUUAUUGCUUUGAUACCAAAAUAUCAUACUGACCAGAAAGGUUUAUAAUUUUUUCAUGUACUGAUUAAAGUAAGAGAAAAACCAGGAUCCUGUUUCAUAAAACUUGUUACAAUAACAAAUCUCCAAUAACAGUUACAAGCUACUGAAAUCAUUCAAUUUGAUUGGCUGAUAACAUAUUUGUCAUAGAAAUUGGGCAGUUCUUAUCAUAACUAGACCUUAUGAAACGAGACCCAGUAGUUUUCCUCCAAACUUGCAAUGUCAGGUACAUUAUUCUUUUAUUUUAAGUUUUCACAGUUGGUACAGAUAAAAAAAAUUGUGUGUUCCGAUUUAUCCAGAUAUUACUUAGAUUGUUCUGGAAGCACAUCGUCAAAGGAGAUACAUGUAGUACAUGUAGAUCAAAAGAGGCCUUCUUUCUUUCGUAUACAGAAACAUUUGUCUCCACAAUGAUAUACUUAAAUCUACCAUAAGACGAGAAUAUACAGUCAAUGAUAUAAUGUUGGUUAGUGUUUAUUUGGUGUUGUUGUCAGGAAUUUUGGUGUUAAGAGCUGUUGAUUCGAGUGCAAACACCAAAUUUGGGUUUAUAGACAUUAUGCCGAUCACAUUAUUUGUAGUUCUACACCUAGUUUAACACUGACUUUGCACCAGCUUCAUUUCACAUCCAGUGUUAUAUCUGUUGCUAGUUUACCUAAACACCAACACCCAUUUUUAGUCACCCUGUGCUUGAUGAAACACUGGGUGAAUUUCAGGGAAAAUGGAUUUUUUUUUUAAACAAAGUGUGAACCUAAUAUAAUCAUGUGCCAAACAAAUUUAAGCUGAAACACUGUAUCCUACCAGCUGAUACAAAGUGCAUCAAUUAUUUCAAUAUUCAGUCUAUGUCAUGAGAUUUAAUAUUUCUGUCUUAUUUGAAAGCAGUUUCAUUUUCAACUUUGAUGAAAUGGUCAGUAUACACACGUCAGGGAACAUGUUUCAUAAAGAAGGUUAUUGGCAAAUGUAAAGUUACUUUUAUAAGUUUAUGAAAUAAUGCAAUUUGAUUGGUAAAGAGCAAAUUUCAUCGAAUAACAGAAGUUUCACUGAUACAAUGCUUGUGGUUAAUUUAAAUGUUUGAAAUAAAAAAAAGUUCCUUUCAAUAUCAAUCUAAUGAAUACACAUUGAUUGUUAUAAAUAUUAAUCAUAUCUUCAAUUUUGUUAGAUGCAUUUGUAAAUGAAGGAAAAGUUAUACUGACCAAAAGUUAAUAUCUGUAUAGAUAUAAUGGAAAGCUGUAUUCAAUUUCCUUCUAUGAUAAUGUAGACAAUUGCGACUGGACUAUUCAAUAUUUAUCAAACUUAUUGUUGAUUUUAUUUAUUACAUUUUCCUGCUGUUGGUAUUGACUUUUAUAAAAUGGCAAUUUCCAAAAUUAAAUUAUUUCCUUGAAAAACGUAGUACUUCACUCAAACCUAUGAUACCAGUGAUAUUAUAAAAAAGAACUUUGUUGGUCUUAAAACCAUUGCCUGUUUUUUUUUUCUUUUCUUUUUUGGGGGGUCAUAUAGCAUUUUAAUUGAAUUUCAAUGAGAACCAAAAUACUAGUUACUAGUUUUCUUAUAACCUUACACAAAUAUUUUACCAAUAUCAAAUAAUUUUCAAGGAUUUUUUUUUGAGGGGGGAAUCUUAUUUGUAAUUUUUUUUUUUGGUAACUGCAUUAUUUUGGAGAACCAGGAAUUACAUUUUAAUUGAAUGACAAUGAAUUAUGUCUAUGAAACAUAUGAAGUAACUUUAUAAUGCCAACGCAAAAUGAAAUCAAAAGAUUAUAUGACGGUAUGUAUCUUUAUUACAUUCUCAUCCUUCAUUAAAAAAUGUAAUGAAUACUAUUUUAUUGUGAUGAAACCACAUCUAAUUGCAAAGUCAAUUGAAAACCCAGUCUAAGUUUUUAAAGACGUUUGUGUUGAUACAGUUAAUAUCCUAAAAUUAUUUGCCCUAUUACUUAGAAAGUGUAACAGUACUGAAGCAUGACCAAAUAACAUCAUCAUUCAUUACAGUUGGCAGAUUUUGAAAGAGUUUGUUUUGAUGAGGCGACUCCAUGUAAUUUACAGUCAUAAUCCAAACCUGUCUACAUGUUGCUUAUGUAUGCCCUAUGCACUUUCCACCCCUUGAUAAAUAUAAACAGUAUAAUUGCAUGUAUCAAUAUAUCUCUUGAAUUAUGGCUGCGCAGUGUCACACAUUUGUGUCUUUGAUCAGGUGUUGUGAGUAUGCAAUAUUGUCAAACAAUGUCUGCAUUAAUCCUUUCAACACAAUUUAACAAUAUAUUCCAUAUACCAUAGCCUCAUUAAACACAAUAUUUCUCUACAUUACCAUGAGAGGUGUUACAUGGUGUACUGACAGUAGUGUUAAUUUAGAAGCUGAGCCUCGUGGUCAUAAUAUUUUGAUACAAGUAGAAUAUCAUGUUGCCCUAAUAAUGAAUGUAUUCUUUAUGCCUG